AACAACCACGUCACAUUGACAACAACACGCCACAUCUCAUCUAAUCUCAUCUCGGCGUCCCUUUGAUCUCUUCCCCAAUCCCUAGGUGCUUCUUCCUCGUAGACGUCUCCCGCCUCUCCUCGUCUUCCUCCCUUACUUUCCCUUCUACAGCAGCCGUUCCUCUUCUUCAGAGGAAGCUUAGUUUGUACAAGCAAUCAAAUUCAUUGCUUUUGUGUUCUUGCGGUCAAAGGUGAGGACUUUACUUCAGUGGUUCGGUGAUUGAUCAUCGGUGGUCAAAGUUGGGAAGGUAGUUAAUCCGUGCAAUCAGGUAUUUUCAUCUACCGGCAGAAGAAUAAAGACGUCAUUAAUCCACCUUAACCACGAGAUUACUGGAAAUGGGUUCUGAAGGGCCUUCAGUUGUAGUUGUUCACGUCACUGGAUUUAAGAAAUUUCAUGGUGUGUCUGAGAAUCCCACUGAAACUAUUAUCAGAAACCUGAAGGGGUUUAUGCAAAAGAAAGGAUUACCUGAAGGUCUUGUUCUUCGUAGUUGUAAUGUUCUUGAAACAGCAGGAGAGGGCGCGCUUCCUGAACUUCUGGAUUUUUUUCAGCAUGCUGUGUCUUGUAAAGAAAAUGAAAGUGUGAAUAGGGAGCAAACCAUCUUGCUGCAUCUUGGAGUAAAUAGUGGUGCUAUGAGGUUCGCUAUUGAGAAUCAAGCAGUAAAUGAAGCUACUUUUCGCUGUCAAGAUGAGAAGGGAUGGAAACCUCAGAGAGUUCCAGUUGCACCUUCUGAUGGAAGCAUCUCAACAGUCCGAGAGACUACUCUUCCCGUCAAUGAAAUAGUCAAGGCCUUGUCAAACAUGGGAUAUGACGUUAUGCCUUCCGAUGAUGCUGGUCGAUUCGUAUGCAAUUUCGUGUACUAUCAUUCUCUCAGGUUUGCAGAACAAAAUAGAAUGAAAUCACUGUUUGUCCAUGUUCCUCUCUUCUUGGCAAUAGAUGAGGAAACCCAGAUGGAGUUUGUUGCUUCCCUCUUGAAAGUGCUUGCCUCGCUGAACUAGCGGUGUCACUAGUAUUUGAAACCUUUUGGCAUGUCAAAGUGACUUGAUCAGUUAUCUCAAAUGGCCGUGCCAAUUAAAUAAGAUAAAUCCUAGGGGCUUGAAUUGCUAUGUGGCUUUGUUCUGUGCGUAUGAAAAUAUCGUAUGAAAUCAAUGAACGCUCAAAAGAAGUGUUGGGUUAUAGCCGAGUUCAUGGUAUGAUCUUGCUGUUAUGACAUGAACCAUGUAUUCCCUGCAAUAAAUCUUAAAGAGUUUGUCAAAUGGUAGACAAUUCUCUUUCUGAUAUUA